AAAGGAAGAAAGAAUACUCUUCUGGAGAGGGAGAGAGAGAGAGAGAGGGGUUUCGACACUGAAGAGAGAGAGAGAGAGAGAGAGAGAGGAGACGACAAAGGGAUGGAGAAGAAGGGAAGCUCCAGUCUCAACAUCGCCCUCAUUCAUCCUGAUCUCGGAAUCGGGGGAGCUGAAAGAUUAAUUGUUGAUGCUGCCGCGGGACUUGCAUCCCAUGGUCACAAGGUUCAUAUUUUUACAGCUCACCACGACAGAACUCGAUGUUUUGAGGAGACUCUUGCCGGAACCUUUCAAGUAACUGUAUAUGGUGCUUUCCUACCCCGUCAUAUUUUCUACCAUCUACAUGCUGUAUGUGCCUAUCUCAGGUGCAUUUUUGUUGCUGUCUGUGUGUUGUUCAUGUGGCCAUCAUUCGAUGUUGUGCUAGCUGAUCAGGUCUCUGUAGUCGUUCCGUUGAUGAAACUAAAGAAAUCAACUAAGGUUGUAUUCUAUUGCCACUUUCCGGAUUUGUUGCUGGCUCAACACACAACCAUUCUUCGGCAGAUAUAUCGGAAACCCAUAGACUUUAUAGAAGAAGUAACGACUGGUAUGGCGGAUUUGAUUCUGGUUAACAGCAGAUUUACUGCAUCUACUUUUGCGGGUACAUUUAAGCAUCUUCAUGCGAGAGGAAUCAAACCAGCCGUGCUUUACCCUGCGGUGAAUGUACAGCAGUUUGAUAAACCCCAUGCUUUUAAGUUUAAUUUUCUCUCUGUCAACCGCUUUGAAAGGAAAAAGAAUGUUGAAUUAGCAAUAUGUGCUUUUUCCUUGCUGCAAACCCUUGGAGGUGAUGUCCAAGGUCUUAAUGUUGCCGACGCUACGUUGACAGUUGUAGGCAAGUCUAUCUCUUUCCAGCUUGAGUACAGAUGUGGCUUUGAUAAACGGCUAAGAGAGAAUGUUGAAUAUUUGGAGGAAUUGAAAGGCUUAGCAGACCGGAAAGGGGUGUCUCACAAGGUUAAGUUCAUGACCUCUUGCUCAACAGCCGAAAGAAAUAUGCUACUUUCGCAAUGCCUCUGUGUUCUUUAUACACCAAAGGAUGAACAUUUCGGAAUCGUUCCAUUGGAGGCAAUGGCAGCCUAUAAACCUGUAAUUGCAUGCAAUAGUGGGGGUCCUGUGGAGACGAUUAAGAAUGGCGUGACAGGGUUCCUUUGUGGUCCUAGCCCUCAAGAGUUCUCUUCAGCGAUGGAAAAGUUCAUAAGGGACCCGCAAAUGGCAGAGAGAAUGGGUUCUGAAGCUCGACAACAUGUCGUUGAGUCAUUUUCUACCAAGAUUUUUGGCCAGCAUCUGAACCAAAUUCUUCUUGAUAUAGCUCGGGGGAAGGAGGAUUGAGACAUCGAAAACUACAUGGAAAAUAUGUAUUCUGCUGUUAGGGUGUCAUGGUUAUGGCAAAAAUGCAAUUCUUACAGUGUUUGUAUGUUGUGUUGCCUUUGACUAUUUUAGAAUAGCAGUCUGGUAAAUUACACAACCUACGUGAGAUUUUACCCCAUCAGCGAGUUAUACCCAUAAUACUAUAUUUUUUAAGUUAUCUAGCAGUAGUGGAGCUUUGCUAUUAGUUGCGAGGUUCUGAAACUCAACGGCAAUACAACAAAUGGUUACAGUGUCAA